AUACCAAGAACAUUAAACUGCUGACUCUAGAAAACUGUAUGAAAAAAUCUUUACUGAAGGAUGACAUAUUCUCUUAGCUGUAUCUUUGGAAUCUUCAUACUUAUCACAGUUUCGGCUAAUCCAUUUGGACGGGACAUUUUUGGUCGCAGUGGAGGAUUCCCAAAGUUCCCUCUGGCUCGACGACAUCUACAACAGUGUGGAGGACGUCUCGUCUCACAUCAUGCACAAAGGAGCAGUCACAGAGCCAUCGCCAAGAUAGUGGGUGGGACCUCAGCACCUUACGGAGCUUACCCCUGGCAGGUGGAGAUCCAGGCUUACCGGUCGGCUAGUCACAGGUUUGAACACCAUUGUGGGGGAGCAGUCGUGGGAGAGAGACUUAUAUUGACAGCAGCUCACUGCAUAGCCAACCUCGAGUACCCGGAGAAAAUCAGACUCAUCCUCGGCAAAGUGAAUCUCAACUCUCGCGACAGACACGAACGCACUUACAAACCAGAGAAGAUAGUCAUCCACCCUGAUUUUAGAAAAGAUGGCCCUCACAGCAAUGACAUAGCCAUGAUCAAGGUGAGAGCCACAAGUGAGGGAGGUAUCCACUUCAACUCUCACAUCCAGCCCAUCUGUCUGCCAGAUAUGGUCACUCAGAGGGUGGCCACUGGAGACUGGUGUACUGUCACAGGCUGGGGCGCUCAGAGUCAAGACGAUCUGGAGAGUUUAUCAGAUGAGUUACAAGCAGCCUCUGUGCCUGUGCUGGACCAGCACACUUGCAGACAGAGUGAUGUCUACGGGGGCAGAGACCAGAGUAUCCUGGACAGCAUGGUGUGUGCAGGGACAUUGGCGGGGGGAGUGGACGCUUGCGGCGGGGACAGCGGGGGUCCACUAGCUUGCCAGCUCAAUGGUAAGUUUGUUCUGACGGGACUUGUGUCGUGGGGAGAUGGUUGUGCCAAGAAGAACCGCCCCGGAGUUUACACCAGGGUAAGCCACUUCUCACCUUGGAUACAAGAAACCAUGGACAAGAUGGGGUUAUAGCAGACGUACGAAUUAGUUGAUCCUAUCAGUAUUAUUGUUACCACAGCACCUAACUGUGAUGAAAACUACAGACGAUUCAACUGCCUUAGACUAGUAACUAAUUGAUGUGUUGAAACCAAAACUUGGAUCUCAAACCACCGAUACUUUUUAUGGAAGUUUCGGUUUUGAGAUUCAAUAAUUUUUUUUAGAAUUGAAAUUUGAAACUGCAUUGAAAAAAUUCAUUGUGUCAUUGGUCGAACCUGAUACCAGUUGUCUGUUGUCAAAUAAAUAGAUAGCUUAAAUUCAGACUACAGUGCAGGAGAACAAAGUUGUGAAAUAACUUUUACCACUUGGAUUUAUUUUCUAUAACCCUAAUUAGGCAAGUAAAUAGGGUUUUGC